CACUGGGUACAAAGGUUAAGACAAAGUGAAAUCAUAUGACAUACUUUUUUCUAUGUGAGCUCCUCUGUGCCCAGCUCUAAUGGUGUAGAAGAAACUGAAUAAAUUUCUUCAGCACACCAGUCUCAGAGACAAAAGGAAAAAGUAAAGGCCUGCAAUAUGAAAUUCACAUGCAUCACAGUCUUGUUUUGGCCCUUCUCCAUGCUAUUAUUAUUGGACAAAAGCCAGACUUCUAAAAUAGAAGUCAAAUGUAAUUUCACUGAAAAGGAUUAUUCUUUGAUUCCAGUGGGUAUCAAUAAUAAUGUUACUAUCCUUGAUCUCAGUUAUAACAAAAUUACUUUGAAUGUUACAGACACAAGGGUGCUACAGAAGUAUUUUUUACUUACUGAGCUCUAUUUGAUUCAGAACAAUAUCACUAUCUUACAUAAUAGUAGUUUCAGUAACCUCUCCAAUCUAGAAAUCUUAAAUAUAUGUAGAAACUCCAUUUAUGUUAUUCAACAGGAUGCAUUUGUAGGCCUAAAUAAACUAAAACAAUUACAUCUCUGCCAAAACAAAAUAUUACAACUAAAUCCUGACAUGUUUAUGCCGCUAAACAACCUGAAACUUCUGAAUCUGCAAGGAAAUUUGAUAAGCUACUUUGAUGUACCACAACUAUUUCAUCUGGAAUUAAUAAUUUUAUAUGGAAAUCCAUGGAACUGCACUUGUAGUUUAUUCAAUUUGCAGAACUGGUUGAAAACAUCAAAUGUGAUACUAGAAAAUGAGAACAUCACCAUGUGUAGCUAUCCACACAGCCUGAAGUGCUACAAUAUCAAAACAGUACCCUAUAUGGCUGAAUGCUACUCAAAGUUUGCUUCAUCUAUAACUGAAGAUCUUUAUGUUCAUUUUCAGUCCAUUAGCAAUUCAACUUUUAAUAGUUCUUUAAACAAUUUCACAAGAAAUUCAGAACAUGAACCUCUUGGAAAAAGUUGGGUUUUUCUUGUUGGUGUUGUUGUCACUGCACUGAUGACUUCACUCCUCAUCUUAACUGCUAUCAAAUGCCCAAUAUGGUAUAAUUUUCUGCUUAGUUACAAUCAUCGUCGCCUAGAAGAGCAUGAGGCAGAAACCUACGAAGAUGGUUUUCCUGGAAAUUCAAAUUCUCUUCCACAGAUAGGAGAUAUAAACUCUGAAGACACUACAGUAAUAUUUGAACAGUUACAUUCAUUUGUGGCAGAAGAUGAUGGUUUUAUUGAAGAUAAGUAUAUAGAUACCCAUGAACUGUGUGAAGAAAAUUAAUUUUAAAAUGUUUGACUGCUGAUAAAAUAUCAGACCACUCACAGUUUAGAUGUGGAGACUUGGAUAUGUAAAACAUACCAAAUUGGAGCUAGUAGAUCUUCAUCUUAAUUAAUAUCAUAUACACAAAUAUCAUAAAAAUGUUUUUCUUAUUGAGCAAGGGGGGCCAAAUGAAGUAACUGACACUCUUAGAGCUAACAGUUACACAAUUAGUUAAUCUACAGUGCUAGCAUUAUUAAUCUCAGCAGUACUUAGAACAAGUAAAAAGGCAGCUAGUGUAUUAUUCAUUAAAUAAAUGAAUAUAUUCUCACAAUAACACAUAUUUGUGACAUAGGACAUAUUAAAUUAUACUAAAGUCCCAGUCAUUAAAAAAAUAAAAUAUUUUAGAUUUAUGUCAUGAGUUAAAGAACAGAGAACUUCGACUACACACUAAGAUUAGUUCUAUGCUCACAGACUAAUUUCAUGGUAUUGAAAAAUAUUUUAUGUUAAUGGUUCCUGAAUUAGAAAAACAUAUUUACUCAAAACUUAGUAGAAACUUAAGCACAAGGCACAGUGUUCAGGUAUAAUCCUUAAUGAUUACUACCGAUUUCAAUCAGAAAAAAAGGCUAUCACCAAAUUUCAUGAUUGGCACAAUUUAGUACCAUGGUGGCUUCUCAAGUGGGCAUCACAAUUAUUUAUGAAUUCUAUUUAUAAAAACACACAUUUCUGCCUCUCUCUGGGAGAUUAUUCGAAUGAAUCUGUGCUGGGACUAAGGAAUCUUUAGUUGGUCCAUGGGUAGCUGAUAACAUGGAGCAAUGUUUCUCAAAUUGUUUUCUAGAACACUAACCUCCAGAGAGACAUUCAGAAGUAUUUAUAGGAUAAGAAAAAGGUACAUGGGCCAAGCACAGUGGCACACCUGUAAUCCUGGCUACUUGGGAGGCUGAGAUAAGACGACUGUAUUCAAGGUAGCCUGGGCAACUCAGCAAGACCCUUUGUCAAAAUAAAAUUUUAAAAAAUGGCUGGGUCGGGGGUGGUGCACACCUGUUAUUCCAGCAGUUCAGAAGACAGAGGCAGGAGGAUAACAAGUUCACUGAAAGCCUUAGCAAUUUAGUGAGGUCCUAAGCAACUUAGCAAAAAAUCCGUCUCAAAAUAAAAAAUAAAACGAGGUGGGGAUGAGGCUUAGUGGUUAAGCACCCCUGGGUUCAAUCUCUGUACAAAAUAAAUAAAAAAUUAAAAAUAAUUGGGAUACAUACAGCUCAGUAGUAGAGCACUUGCUUAGCAUGGAUGAUGUCCUGGGUUCAAUCCCCUGUGUGUGUCUGUCUGUCUGUCUUUCUCUCUCUCUCUCUCUCUCUCUCACACACACACACACAAAUAAAUAAAUAUAAAAAGAAAAGAGAAAAUUUAAAGGGUGCAUGGUCAAAUUACUAUAGAAAACACUGUGUUUAAAAGAAGUGAAACAAGAUCCCUUGAUAUAUAAUAUAGAACUUAUCUGAGACUUUACUAAGCUAAACUGCUUUCUCAUCAUUCAAGAGAAACAUAUUAAGAAUUUUUCAAAUUUAUUUACUUGGUACAACUACUAAGAGCUCAUAGCACAAUAAUAGUCCAAAGAACAUACUCUGCAAAACACUAGCCCUAAGACUGUAAAGGAAGAGUUCAUCUAAAGUCAUUAUUGUCAAUUCCCUUAUAAUCAACCGGCUGCAAAUAUAAUUUUAACAACUCAUUGAUGCUAACUGAUGUUAAAAACUGUAGUAAAAUCUGUAAUUUUAAUAUUCCACACAUAGAAAUUAGUGUAUUUAUCUGUUAUCUUAAAAGAUAAAGAUCUCUGAAACAUUGAAAUAUACUUAUGGAUGAAAUGUGGAUUUUCCUCAUCAUAAUAAAUGUAAAGCGAAAGCUGUGGAUGAACAGGGUUAUUUAUAUGCUGAAAGAGCUAGGAGAUGGGUACAUAAAGGUAUACUAUUUUUGUGUAUGUUCAAAUUUCUCUAUAAUAAAGUUUUUUAAAUGUGUAUGUACUUGAUAAUUCCUUAGAAAAAAGAGACUACAAAUGUACAUCUUGUCAUGAUCUGUAAAAUAGUCAUUUUAAAAGCUAUAUCAAAUUCUACUUUGAGGAAAAUAUCUACUCUGGGGAAAUAAAAUCUGUUUAUGAUGAUAUAUCCUUUGAAAUAGAAGAACUGAAAGUUUAUAAUACAUAUUUGCUUGUGUUUAUAGAAGCAUAUUUUCAAUAAAGAAUAUGAACAUUUUGUCUAA